UCCAGCUACUUGACGCCGAUUGUGUUCUUCAGUGAAAAAAGAAAUCUAGCUAGAAGCUUAGCAGGAGAUCUGUCAGUCCAAAUUACGAGUGUCCCGGAGCCACAGGACCUUCGCUGUUGUCGUUAGGCCACGAUCUGCUAAGAUGACAGAGCUAAGGCACCGUGGAGCCAAAGACACCGACCCAACGUUACAACAGCAGCCGUCAGAGGACAAGGGUUCAGACGGUGAGCUCAAGGUGGAAAAAGAUGGGGUGUCAGACAGUGAGUCCAAAGUGGAUUCAGGAGUCCCAGAGGUGCCAGUCUCUGCUGAUGACACCCCCGAGGUACUAAACAAGGCCCUGUCUGGACUCUCCUCAAGAUGGAAGAACUGGUGGGUGCGAGGUAUCCUCACCCUAGCCAUGAUCUCCUUCUUCUUCUUCAUCAUCUACCUGGGCCCCAUGGUGCUUAUGAUGAUUGUCCUCUGCGUUCAGAUCAAGUGCUUCCAGGAAAUCAUCACUAUUGGCUAUAGUGUGUACCACUCCUACCACCUUCCCUGGUUCAGGACGUUGAGCUGGUACUUCCUGCUGUGUGUGAACUACUUCUUCUACGGUGAGACCGUGACAGAUUACUUCUUCACACUGGUGCAAAGGGAGGAGCCGCUUCGCAUCCUCAGCAAAUACCACCGCUUUAUCUCCUUUGCCCUCUACCUGACAGGUUUCUGCAUGUUUGUGCUGAGUUUAGUGAAGAAGCACUACCGCCUGCAGUUCUACAUGUUUGGUUGGACCCAUGUGACUCUGCUGAUUGUGGUGACUCAGUCUCACCUUAUCAUUCACAACCUGUUUGAGGGGAUGAUCUGGUUCAUUGUGCCAAUUUCCUGUGUGAUCUGUAAUGACAUUAUGGCCUACAUGUUUGGUUUCUUCUUUGGACGCACCCCUCUCAUCAAGCUGUCACCUAAGAAGACAUGGGAGGGAUUCAUCGGUGGGUUGUUCGCCACCAUUGUGUUCGGCAUCAUGCUCUCCUAUGUAAUGGCCGGCUGUCGCUACUUUGUGUGUCCGGUGGAAUUCAACAACGACUCCAAUAGUUUCCAGGUGGACUGCGAGCCAUCAGACCUUUUCCAGCUCCAGGACUAUGCCCUGCCCGGGAUCCUGGAGUCUGUCACUGGAUGGACCACAGUGCGUCUCUACCCGUUCCAGAUCCACAGCAUUGCUCUCUCCAGCUUUGCCUCCAUCGUGGGACCCUUCGGCGGCUUCUUUGCCAGCGGCUUCAAGAGAGCCUUCAAGAUCAAGGAUUUUGCCAACACUAUCCCGGGUCAUGGUGGCAUUAUGGACAGAUUUGACUGCCAGUACCUCAUGGCCACAUUUGUUAAUGUCUACAUUGCUAGCUUCAUCAGGGGCCCCAACCCCAGCAAGGUGAUCCAGCAGCUCCUGGCCCUCCGUGUCGAUCAGCAGCUCCACAUCUUCAACUCCCUAAAGGCUCACCUGACAGAGAAAGGCCUGCUGCCCGCCCUGGAGGACGCCACUGCCUAGAACCUCCCACACCCCCACACCGGCUCGCCCUGAGAAGGAGACAAGAGAGGAGGGCAGCAACCCGAGGGCCCCGCGCGGCCCCCGGAGCUCUGGGAGACUGGCAGUGCUUUGUGUGUGAGCGAGAACACAUCCGAGAAAAACACAAAACGAACAACAAAAAAAAACUACAGCCGUGGGUCAUUCCAUUUCAUUUGGGUGUGAGGGUCGAGCAUGUUUGUGUUCAUACAGUGUGUGAAUCAUGUUUCAGACACCAGUGUUUUCAGGUUGAGUUAGUGAAUUACUGUACUGUUACACAUUUCCAUAAUAGCCAACUUGUAUCUUUUCACACUGUUGAACAAAGUGAUGGUCAGCUGUACAUUUCUACCUGUAUACAGGGUAACCUCUAUAUACCUAUUAAUGUGUGUUUAAUAUUUUAUUGUUCUUUUUUGUUUUUGUUUUAAUGCACUGCUCUCAACCCAGUUACUUACUGUAUUGUUACCCAAGCUACACCCCCCCACCCCCUGCCAAAAUUAAGUUUUAAUUUUCUUUAUCGUGAUUGUUUCUAUUUAUACAUAGAUGGUUUUUAUAUUUGGUAUGUUCUAUUAUAUCUUAAUGUCGUGUCUGUUUUAUUCAGCCUGAAGUCACCUUCGCCUUCUGCCAUGUGCAUUUAUGUGUGUGUGUCUUUUUCCUGUGUCUUCACUGCCAUUCAUCACUCAGCUGGUUGGUUUUGUGCUGUAAGGAGCAGAUAGCAGUGCUCCACACAUAACUGUGUUUAAUUAUGAAUCAAAAGAUAAUCUCUGAAGGCCAGUGCAACUCUUUCAGCAGAAUAGUCACAGUCUCCCCUCACCUGGUUGCCCUUUGAUGGCAAAAGCAGAACGAUUCUCAGAGAUGGAACACAGUCGAGUUCUAUUUAUUAUUAACGACUUGUUCUCCGCUAAUACUUUUUUAUCUUCAACAAGGAGCGGUUAUAGGUUUUACACAUGUUCAGUAAGGUGGCGGGGGCUUUAUUGCUUCUGUUUGUGACAUUGUUCGGAUGGGACAUGCCAAUAUGUGCUUCAGCUGUGUUGUAACCUCGCCGUGUUCACAGCUUCAGAGCAGAAACCCACUGUCACUGGUUAUGCAUUUGAUGUUCAGGUUUGAGUUUGCCAACACAGUAAGCUACUGUAGCAGCAGUCAGUGCUGAAGAGGUUUCACAGUGGGACUGUGAUAUUUAUACCACUGGCAAAUGUUUGUUUGAUUUGAUGGUAAAAUAUAAAAGCUGAAGAUUCUCCAGUGCUGAGUUCAUUUCUGUUUUUUGAAUUUGCAUUGUAGAUUAAUUUAGUUUGUAGUUUUGUUGCCGUCUGUUAAAUGGGCGGGCAUAUUAACACAUGAAGAUGAGUUUCCUUUCACGAGAAGUACUACUCAGCUCGUGAAAGCAGUUGUCUUCUGUGGCGUGAGCUUCAAGUCUGAGAAAAUAGGAAAUAUCCCUGGUGACGUCAUAGUGAUGUCAUCAGGGUUAUCUAGGAUUAAGUUUGGAGACUUAAGUUACGAAACACCUUCAGGGAGAAUGACAGAUGUGACCAUGUUGCAUUAUGGGAAAUAUAGGCUCAAAUGUUAAACCCAUACUAGGGGCAGAAAGUCAGAAUAUCUCACCCACUGGUGCAUCCUUUUUGACGACGACUUUUAAUCUCUUGCAAGUCGCCUAGUGCUACUAAACUUGUGUAAAAUCUGCUAUGUCAAUUAUUAUUGGGUGGAAUAUAUUUUUAUCAUUUAUUUAUUGAAAAUAUUUUCAUUUAACUUUAAGUCCGACUGAGCCAUUGAUUCCGCUUAAACUCACUACUGACUGAGUUAUGUAACUUAGAGUAUACAACAGGUGGACAGCGAAUGUAGUUGAAUUUAAAGACUGUAGAAAGAUUUGUAAGACUUUCUUUUGAUACUUUUUGGGAAAGGUAAAGUAAAUUUGUCCCAAAAGAUAUUGAAAUAUUGUUAUAAAUGAAAUAAUUAGUCACAACUUUAUGGCACAGUGUAUGUGGGUCAAGCUCUGACCUGACCAUACUCAUUAAUCAACCAAUCACCUCACGCUGGCCGUCAUGUCUGUGCACAUUCAUCAUUUUGUUUCUUUGUUUUGAGGAAAGAAUUGAUUUCUCCUUGUCAGUGAAAGCCAUAAGAACUCUGAAGGUUGAGAGACGUACUGUAGGUGUUACUUUAACCCAGGCGCAACUGUUUCUGUACCCAGUGUCAUGGAGAAAACAGCAAUAUGAACAUUCAUACAGUAGUCAGUGUAGCAGGGAUGUGAAGGUCAGUAUCUAAGAUGUCUCUGUAUGGUAAUCAUACAAAGCACCUUAUACACGUGCUAUUAAUUGCUGUCAUUUUGGAAAUAAUUUACCACCUUAAAUGUCCUCUCAUCAGAGUUACAUAUGUUUUUAAGCAGUGGACUCAAAUGUUUUGCUUUUGCAAUCAGUUUGUAAGAAUUGACUUUUUUUCAGAUGGAAUGAACCACUGUAUAAACCAAGCAUGACUUUACACCUGUUUCCCCCAUAUUCCGUCCAUUCAUAUUUUUAUUGAUGUCAUUUUAUUCAUGUCUUCGGUUUGACUUCUCUGAUAUCCAACCAGUCUUACGCUUAUCUUUCUUGAAGUAUUUAUUUUAUUUACUGUAAGCAAAUUAAACCUUCUCAAAGUUGCUAUAUUGUACAUUUAAGAAGAUGUUUAGAGACCUGUUGAGUGUUCUUAAGUAUUUUUGGUUAGAGGAAUAUUUAAAGUAUUAUUGCCAUUAUUGAGAUAGCACAGAAGUAUUGUCUCUGUCUUUUUUUGCUGUGACUUUAGUGCAGUUGGGUGUUUUCUUGGCUCUUCCCCGAUAGCUGUCGUGUCAACAUCUGUGUCGCAGUGCACGUUGAAGCAGCGCAGAUACUCGUAGCACUGUGCUGCAUUGUCUCCCCUUGAGUAGACAGGAAGUUUCCAGAAAGUAAUGAGUACUGGGUUUCUCAGCAUUCGUAGAUAUCUUAUAUUUCUCGGGCUUCGCCGCCUCUGUUGGUGGUUUAAUGUUUGAGGUUUUAGCCCUGCAGCUCUGUACUGCCAUUUCUCUGUCUGGUGUUACAGACGGCCACUAGAGAGAGCUGGAGCUCCUGUGGUCGGCUGAUGGAGUGUAGCACUGAUGCUGCAUCUGAGCAGAAAGGUUUGACCCUUUGCUGCUGCUGUUUGAUACAUUCCAGUAUCCCUAAAGUUAUCCCUAAUCAAACCUGAUUGUUGUUUUAUUUUUUUUUGGCACCCAGGAAAUGUGCCAUUUUUAAUCAACACAGUGCCACUUUGCUGUUGCGAGUCCUGCUCAGCCAGGACCCUCUAAAAGGAAUGUAUGGGAGUUGUGACUGUCCCCACAUACUGUAGGCUCCCUUUUGUGGACUUUUUAUUUUGUGGUUAUAGAUCCUCUUACAAAGCUGUGCAAUGGUUUGUGUUGAGUUGUACAUUUGUCUAGAGAAUUGUACUCUUUGAUGCUGAAAUGUGCUUCGCUUUUGUUCAAAGAAAACUAAAGUAAUAUUAAUAAAAAAAAA